AUGAUUAAAAGGACACUUGAUCUGUGGGAGACUGCAGAGCAGGCACAAGGAGCUGGAGCUCCUUGUGGCAAUGCUGUAGCUGCAACAAUUGUUUGGUGCACUAUUGGAAUGACUGUUGUUGUUGUUGCUCCUGGGGCGGUUGGGUUUGCUCCUGAGGCCACAGUGGUUGCUCCUGAGGCCGAUCCAGAGGCUGCUGUGGUUGCUCCUGGGGCUGCUCCUGAGGCCGCAGUGGUUGCUCCUGAGGGUGCAGUGGUUGCUAUUGAGACUGUUCCUGAGGGUGCAGUGGUUGCUCCUGAGGCUGCUCCAGAGGCUGCAGUGGUUGCUCCUGAAGGUGCAGUGGUUGCUCCUGAGGCUGCUCCAGAGGCUGCUGUGGUUGCUCCUGAGGCUGCUCCUGAGACCCCAGUGGUUGCUCCUGAGGCUUCUCCUGAGGCCGCAGUGGUUGCUCCUGAGGCCGAUCCAGAGGCUGCUGUGGUUGCUCCUGAGGCUGCUCCAGAGGCUGCUGUGGUUGCUCCUGAGGCUGCUCCUGAGGUUGCUGUGGUUGCUCCUGAGGCUGUUCCUAAGGGUGCAGUGGUUGCUCCAGAGGCCGCAGUGGUUGCUCCUGAGGCUGCUGUGGUUGUUCCUGGGGCUGCUCCUGAGGCCGCAGUGGUUGCUCCUGAGGGUGCAGUGGUUGCUAUUGAGACUGUUCCUGAGGGUGCAGUGGUUGCUCCUGAGGCUGCUCCAGAGGCUGCAGUGGUUGCUCCUGAGGGUGCAGUUGUUGCUCCUGAGGCUGUUCCUGAGGGUGCAGUGGUUGCUCUUGAGGCUGCUCCAGAGGCUGCUGUGGUUGCUCCUGAGUGUGCAGUGGUUUUUCCUGAGGCUGCUCCAGAGGCUGCUGUGGUUGCUCCUGAUGCUGCUCCUGAGGCCGCAGUGGUUGCUCCUGAGGCUGCUGUGGUUGCUCCUGGGGCUGCUCCUGAGGCCGCAGUGGUUGCUCCUGAUGGUGCAGUGGUUGCUAUUGAGACUGUUCCUGAGGGUGCAGUGGUUGCUCCAGAGGCUGCAGUGGUUGCUCCUGAAGGUGCAGUGGUUGCUCCUGAGGCUGCUCCAGAGAUUGCUGUGGUUGCUCCUGAGGCUGCUCCUGAGACCCCAGUGGUUGCUCCAGAGGCUGCAGUGGUUGCUCCUGAAGGUGCAGUGGUUGUUCCUGAGGCUGCUCCUGAGGCUGCUCCAGAGGCUGCUGUGGUUGCUCCUGAGGCUGCUCCUGAGACCCCAGAGGUUGCUCCUGAGGCUGCUCCUGAGGCCGCAGUGGUUGCUCCUGAGUCCGAUUCAGAGGCUGCUGUGGUUCCUCCUGAGGCUGCUCCAGAGGCUGCUGUGGUUGCUCCUGGGGCUGCUCCUGAGGCCGCAGUGGUUGCUCCUGAGGGUGCAGUGGUUGCUAUUGAGACUGUUCCUGAGGGUGCAGUGGUUGCUCCUGAGGCUGCUCCAGAGGCUGCAGUGGUUGCUCCUGAAGGUGCAGUGGUUGCUCCUGAGGCUGCUCCAGAGGCUGCUGUGGUUGCUCCUGAGGCUGCUCCUGAGACCCCAGUGGUUGCUCCUGAGGCUUCUCCUGAGGCCACAGUGGUUGCUCCUGAGGCCGAUCCAGAGGCUGCUGUGGUUGCUCCUGAUGCUGCUCCUGAGGCCACAGUGGUUGCUCCUGAGGCUGCUCCAGAGGCUGCUGUGGUUGCUCCUGGGGCUGCUCCUGAGGUCGCUCCAGAGGCUGCUGUGGUUGCUCCUGGGGCUGCUCCUGAGGCCGCAGUGGUUGCUCCUGAUGGUGCAGUGGUUGCUCUUGAGGCUGCUCCAGAGGCUGCAGUGGUUGCUCCUGAGGCUGCUCCAGAAGCUGCUGUGGUUGCUCCUGAGACUGCUCCUGAGACCCCAGUGGUUGCUCCUGAGGCUGCUCCUGAGGCCGCAGUGGUUGUUCCUGACGCCGAUUCUGAGGCUGCUGUGGUUGCUCCUGAGGCCGCUCCAGAGGCUGCUGUGGUUGCUCCUGAGGCUGCUCCUGAGGCCGCAGUGGUUGCUCCAGAGUCUGCUGAAGCUGCUCCUGAGACUGCAGUGGUUGCGCCAGAGGCCACUGUGGUUGUUCCUGAGGCUGCGGUGGUUGCUCCUGAGGGUGCAGUGGUUGCUCCUGAGGCUGCUCCAGAGGCUGCCGCAGUUGUGAUUGUGGAUGGGGAUGCUGUUGUUGCAGCAGCUGUGCUGUAG